UAACCACUGCACCACGACGGGAACUCCCAUUUUCCCCUUCUUUAGGAUUAUUCUUAGCAGCUUCUUCUCACCCUUUGCCUCCAACAGGUGGUUAAGUUGGGUUAAUUCUAUCUAGUAUAUCUUUCUGCAGUAUGUAUGCUCUCUUCUCUCUGCCACUGCCUUAGAUAAGGCUGUCAUCAUUUCUUGCCUGGAUUUCUAUGGUGACUUUACUGAUUGAUCUCCCUCUCUCCAAACUUGACCCCCUCCAAUCAAACCUCUUAGAUUGCCAACCAAGUAAUCUUUCUGAAAAACUAAUGCACUAAGACCAUGCCAUUUCCUUGACUUGAAAUCCUUCAGUGACUCCUUACUAAAAUUCAGACAUAAUAAAUCUUACCAUGGACUUGUUAGGAAGAUUAAAUAAAGUUCAUUAAGACCCCUUAGUGCAAUGCCUGGCUCAGAACAGGCCCUCGGUCUGUGUUAAUGUUUCCUCUUUGCAUAGAGGACCCGAGGCAGCAGCAGAGCUUCAUGUAAGGUGGCCCAGGACUAGAGGGACAGUGACUCUGCUGGAAACCAGGCUGAAAGGAGUAGGGGCCAUGGAUCUCACCAAACUCCUCAGCCAGGCUUUCCUGAACCCCUGUGAAGUGAGGCAUGGUAGAUUGCUCCAGUGCCCAGCACCAUUCAUGUUCCAGAAAGAAAGGCUUAGCCUGUUUAGUUAUAAGCUAGGCUCAUCUGUAACUAAACUUUUUAACCUUAAAGUCAGGCAGCCGUCUUUACAAACACAUUGGACUCUGCCUUUGUGUUUUCUUAUUUGGGUUUGUUUUCUUUUUAACUUCUUAGUAAAGUUUCUUUCGUCAGGCUUUAACUCUUUCUUAAACGAACCAAAGAAGGGGCAGUUGGGGAUGGAAAAACACACACACACACACACACACACACACACACACACAGAGACCAAGUGACUGCUGGGGGCAGAGAAGUGUCAAUAAAAGAGCUGUGGACAGACCAGCUGGUGGAGUGAGGCAGUUCCAGGGGUGCAGUGUUAGCGUGGACACAGCCGGGAUUGCUGCUUUUGUCCUGCCUCUGUUGUUUUCCCACGGAGACCUGUUUUUCCUCAUCUCUCCACCUUCAGACAGUGAGAAUUUGGGAAAAUCAGGCACAUUCCAUCCACCACAUCCGAACAAUGUCCUACGUUUUUGUAAAUGAUUCUUCUCAGACUAACGUGCCCCUGCUACAAGCCUGUAUCGAUGGAGACUUUAACUACUCUAAACGGCUUUUGGAAAGUGGCUUUGACCCAAAUAUUCGAGACAGCAGGGGCAGAACAGGCCUUCACCUCGCGGCAGCCCGAGGGAAUGUAGACAUCUGCCAGUUGUUACAUAAAUUUGGUGCUGAUCUCCUGGCCACCGAUUAUCAGGGAAACACAGCUCUUCAUCUCUGCGGCCAUGUGGAUACUAUUCAAUUCUUGGUUUCCAAUGGACUCAAAAUUGAUAUUUGCAAUCAUCAAGGUGCUACACCUUUAGUUCUGGCAAAGCGCAGGGGAGUGAAUAAAGAUGUCAUCCGAUUGCUGGAAUCUUUGGAAGAACAGGAGGUAAAAGGAUUUAACAGAGGAACUCACUCAAAACUGGAGACCAUGCAGACAGCUGAGAGCGAAAGUGCCAUGGAAAGCCAUUCCCUCCUCAAUCCCAACCUGCAGCAAGGCGAAGGGGUCCUGUCCAGCUUCCGAACCACGUGGCAGGAGUUUGUGGAGGAUCUGGGCUUCUGGAGGGUGUUGCUUUUGAUCUUUGUCAUUGCUCUGCUGUCUCUUGGCAUCGCCUACUAUGUGAGUGGGGUGCUGCCCUUCGUGGAAAACCAGCCUGAACUGGUGCAUUAAAGGAGCUCAUGGAAAAGGAGGCAGGUGCCAGUGUCCUGGCUUCCAGUGUUUGUUCUCAGUUUCUCAAAAUCUUCUCUUAGUGCAAGGCAGUGAGGGCUGUACAUUUUGUUCUUUUUGCGUCUUUACACCUUGUAAUCCUUUUAGAAGAAUGACGCGUCUGUUUGAACUAACUGCAUACUCUAGUCCAGUAUAGCACGUCCUAAAGCUACCUCCAACUCAGCCUGACUUCUGAGGAAAGGCUACGCAUAGCCUUGUUUGAUAAAAACAUGGACGUGACUAAAGAAUCAAGAUAGAGGACAAGAGUAAGAAAUCCUUGCUGUAGAAACCUUACCCUAACAUAGGAGCAACUGAAGUGAAGUGUUCAAAGCUUGUCUUGCAUGAUUAGUUUUGGCUGGUAGUUUUGUUUUGUUUUGGUUAUUUUUACCAGAGCCACUUUUCUGUUUUGGUUUACUUUCUCUGGGAAAUAAUGGGAGGGAGGGGGAUAAAACAUUCAGCUUAAAACUUGAAGUGCUUUUUCAAAUCAGUAUUGGAAUCUGUUUGAUUUGUUUUAAUAUUUUCAAGUCUAAUCACAGACGAAACAGAACUUUCGAAAAUGAGCUCAAAAAAUGGUUGAUUUGGUGUUCCUGUUGUGGCUCAGUGGGUUAAGAAUAUGACUAGUAUCCAUGAGGAUGCAGGUUAAAUCUCUGGCCUUGCUCAGUGGGCUAGGGAUCCAGGGUUGCCACAAGCUGCAGCAUAGAUCAGAGUUGUGGCUCGGAUCUGAUGUUGCUCUGGCUGUGGUGUAGGCCAGCAGCUGCAGUUUGCAUUUGACACCUAGCCUGGGAACUUCCAUGUGCCACAGGUGCAGCCCUAAAAAGAAGAAAAAAAGAAAAAAGAAAAGAUUGAUCUGAUCUUAUAUUUAUUUGUUUUUAGGAUAAUUUUGAUUUUUUUUUGUAAAGUGCUUUGCUGUUAAUAUCUGUGAAAAAUGAACUUGUUAAUAUCUAUGAAAGAGUGAACUCAUUUUGUUCGCUUCUCAAUUUUCCCUAGUGUUGAUUUCAAAGAUAUCCUGUUUAUCAAAAAUACUGUCAGAACACUUUUUCUACUUAGUAGUUAUUUAGCAGGGGAGAAUAAUUCUGAUGUUCAACUGUCACUGUAAUUCUAUAAGACUAUUAUGGUGAAAAAUGCAGUUCUAUAAGCUAGCUCUGUUGUCACAGUUGUAUUCAUAGUGAAUAAUUUUUCCAUUUUAUGUGCAAUCCUGUUUAGAAUCCCUGUUAGAAUUGUCGUAACAAUCCCAUCCAUGUCAGUAGUUCUCUGAUGUCAAGAAUGGAUGGAAUAUUUCUGAAUUAAUGGUUCUGAACACUAUUAUACUAGGUGUCAUAAACUCUUUUAUGAAUGGUAAUAUUAUGUAAAUUAAGGUCUGGCCUUCAAACUAUAUUGCAGCUCUCAGCAGUGUGUUUGAAGUCCUCUUUUGUUAAGGAUUCUGUUAUGUUUAAAUCGUAUUUUUGGGUUUUUGAAAAAGGAUGUGAAGACUUAGUAAUUAUUCUUCGGGAGUAGUCUGAAAAUUGUAGUGAAAGAAUUAAUGGUUUUAUAUUUUACAACACAGUCAUGUAAGCUAUUGCUGGUUGAAUUGUUGCUAGAAUUAGAAAGUAUAAUUUAGAAUAUGUGUUUCUGUGAUUCUUUUUGCCUCUUAAUAUUUUCUCUUUUGCAUUUAUAGAUCUAGGAUUGAGGCAUUUUCUUUCUGAUGGCUUGAUCCUGUCUUAAAGAGCUGUUCUGAAACUCCCAGUUACCUGGCUGCCUCAGGAUCAGCUCACAGUGUCUUGCUUUUAGGUUAGAUACAAACAAAAUUAAUCAUACUUGGUGUAAAUACAGCAAAAAAUGGUGGAUGUUAGAAUGGAGAACACUAGAACUCAAAAUUGAGGUAUAUCCCAAUUAAAAGCUUUGGAAUUAGCUUUGCAUUCGUUUGUAACUUUAAACAGAUGUGCAUAUUGGUUAACGUGUAAAUAUAUUGCAUUUUUAAAAGAUUAAUGUUUCCUUUUAAGUGCUGAUUUCUUUGUAUCCUAGUCUCUGCAUUCAGUAUUCAGUAAUACUACCAAUACAAUAAAUGUAUUUAUAAUCUCAUAAUCAU